GAGAAGCCCAUUUAUCAGCAUACGUCAGUAGAUUCUUGCACGUACUAUUGUAAUAAAAGAAAAGAAUUGUAGAUACGUAAAAUUUAAUCUGCGAAUAUUUACGCAAGUAUGAUUCCAUGAAAGAUUAUUCCGUAAAAGAUUAUCAUUAAUUUUUAUCUUUCUGAGAUAACUUCUUAGAUAAACGUGACUUGUUUGCAACUUCUUAUUGGAAAGCAAGAAUUUUAAAUUUGCUGAAGAAUUUAUAACAACGGAGAUGGAAAAAUUAGAAAGAUUUUUUACGAAAAAUAAUUUAAAACAAUAUUCGUUGCAAAAUAAAACAUUCCUACAUCUUGCAUCCACUUCGUUCUCGCAACAGUGCCUCCUUGAAAAUUCAGGAUUGCGACACGACGCACUCGCAGUAUAUAAAUUUAACGAGAAGCUAAAAUCUCGUUCACUUCGUACCGAAGUCCAACGAAAGCUUUCUUCGUCUCGUGUGACAUUGUCGCGCGAUAAUAUUCAUGUUUAAAUAAACGCGAAGUUGCGUGCAAGAAUCGAUGCAAGAAGGAGUUCGAAAACAUGUUCGAAAACAGGAACGUGUUACAGCCGAGAUUGUUAUCCCGACGUGGUCUCGCCAAAUUCGAAAUGUCAUGAGCACUAUAUAGAAAUUCUUUUAUAGCGAACAAAUACGCGGAGACGAUCUUCACUUCUGACGUAAAGUUCUCUCCCUUCUCGCAUCUUGCGCGAAAUGUCGACCUCACCAUUAUCGGUGACCAACCACGCGUCGGCUUCAAUAGCUUCUUCGAGAUAAAAAGAGGAUUCGAAAAAAUUCGCGUUCCAGUUUUCGUUUUUUACACUCUCUCGACCAACAAAUCGUCUUGCUUGGUAUCGAUUUUUCCUUUUUCGUAACAUCGAGCGGCUAUCGUCACGAAUCGACGUGGUCGAAGCGUGCACCGCGAGCUGCGGCGCGCCACGAACUCGGGGAUCGGCGUGCGUAGAGCCCAGCCCUCGAGGAGGGCCGUCCUCUCUGCAUCCCGGCUCUGUCUCUGUUUCUCUCCCUCUUUCUCUCUCUGUCUCCCGCUUCAUCUCGUAUAUACGAGGCGGAGGAGCAUUUAUUAAUAGAGAUUAGAGUCCGCGUCGUGUGGUGCCGUGUGCAAACGCCCUCCCGCGAGAACGAGAUGCGUAAGAGAGCAGUCUGACUCAGAGUCCGUCGCGGAAAAAUAAUUCCGCCCGGCUGCACGGGAUUCGCGGACGGGAGAAAAAAAAGAAGAAGAAAAGUUCGAUCGAAAUCUCGAUGAGAAAUCGGCGGUGAGAGAUCGAUCGUCGGCUUGACCGGCGAAAAGCUCGCCGGCCGUUCGCGGUCGCUACGUUGUUAUUAACGUUAACGUCGUGGUCGCGAGGAGCGCAUCCGGAGUGCCUCCGAUUCUUCCGAGUCGCGCUCGGAUGGCUGCUCGACUGCCACAAGUACCUUCGAGAAAGUGAAGUGUUUCCUAGACUGUGCAAAUUUAUGUACGCGCGCGCGCGCGAGCGCGCAUAGGUGACGUUUUGCAGCGGUUCAGCCUGUGUGUUUGUUGUGUGCGAUUUCCUGCGGUAAUUUUGUCUCUCAUUCAUGCAGGAUCUAAAAUAGAUGAAAUCUACAAUAUUAAUACAAUACGAGGCAAAUUAUCCCAAACAUUAAAAAAAGACGCGUCGGAACGCAUCGCGACGAGCUGAAAGACUGCUGAAUCGCGUCUGAAUUGACGCAUCGUCUGAGAUCGUGAUAACGAAUCGCCGUUAUCAGUAUCGCGAUAUCCAUCGCGUGCAUACAUGUAUAUUACCACACCACCACCGACGAGUGAAGGAUUCAGUUGUGUGCGCGCGGAAAGAGACGCUAUUAUGAUAUAGCGGAGCGGGAGUGCGACUCGCUGACGUACCUGGUGGUCGACAAAUGAUGUUAGUGCUGCUGCUGUGCAUCAUCAUGAAGAUAGCAGAGUUUUCCGUGGGCCGGACGAGCCCGCCGCCGCUCACGAUGUCGGCGCGACCGCCGCCUACCGUUUGCAACAGGCGUUGCAAGCGAUGCAAACGUUACGGGAGUUCCUCGCCCAGGCAGAAACACCAUCGGCAAUCCUACGGCGAUAAGUGUGUCUUGCGAAAACCGGGAAAAGGUGCAGUAGUGAUGGAAGAGCCACAGACGCCUGGAUCCGAUUGCAACUCCAACCCGGCGACGGAUUCCAUCCAGCAGGAUCUGGUUGGCUCGGAAUUUAUUCAGGACAAUGUUGAGUAUCAGUGGUUCAUCGAUUACGGAUACAGAGAUGGAGGACUGCACAUACAUCCCAGUGUUCUCUCGUCGCUCUCUGCAUCUUAUUCCCCAAAGGACGUGGGCUAUUACGACGAUCUUUCCCGUAACUUGGACGCCAAUCUGGCAGAGAUCGACAUGGAGAGCUUUCGUACGGCGGACAUUCAUACCCUGCUCACGGCCCUACCUGUCAUGUGCACGGAACCAGUCCAGCAUUCUGAAUUUAACUGUCAAAGGGAACAGUAUGCUAGUAUAUCCGGAUCUGUCAUGGAAAAGCUUGACAUCGGUUCCUCCAUCAGCCCUCAUACCAGUAGCCAGGGAGAAGAUUCCGCGUGUUCCACCGCCGACACAAUAUCCAUAUGCAAGUCGUCACUGCUGUUCUCCCCAGUGAAGGAAACGCCCAUGCUACCACCGGGUGGUAGCUACAGCGUGGAUUCUCUGGACUGCGAGGACAUGUUACUCACCUGCCAGACGAACAAUAAAAACAAUUACACCAUCGCUUUCGAGGGCAGCAUUACCAUGUACUCGGACGGCUCCCAAGAUUUUGAGAAUCAUGAUAAGCACAAGACGUAUGAGUCACCAGAUGUAUUCUACGAAAAGCAGAAAGAUAUGAAAGCUAUGUUGGACUUAUCAAUGGCAUGCUCCGAUUCGAAGAUAUACACGACGUGGAGCAAUCUGAAGCACUCGUCGAUGAACAAGGCAAUAACUCGCCACCCUUCCGGUAAUAAUAACACGAUACCGGAUAUUUCACAGUGUGCAGCUAACUUGACGCCCGGUGGGAUGAGCAAACGUAGUCAAAGCUUGCCGGAUCUCUCUCGCAUUCGGGAGUUUCAGCAUACUAAUAUACCUCUUAAUUUUAGCGUUGAUUCUGCGGAAUCGAGUAAUCACAUGCAGCGACUGCAGAGUUCGGGAUCCGCGAUGAGCCGCUCGACCAACGCGGAGAGCUCGGAUAACGGAGAAAGCUCCGGCACGAAAAAAUUACAAAACUUAAGCCUCGUCAGGCUGUUCAUGAAACAGAAGAGCAUGAGCGUGGAGGGAAUGAGUCUCACCCUGGAUCAGUCGGAUUCGGCUAGCGACAACAGCGGCUGGCCUACUAGCAACAGCGGUAGCGACAGCGCCAGCAAUACGAAUACUCAGAUACAACGGCCGAACAACCAAGAGAACGUCAGCGAGCGUCACGUGCCGGAAAACGAUUUCUCCAUCAAUUGGAUCAGGCGCGACGUGCCGAAUUUGCGCGACACGGAAAAUCAGAGGGAAAAUUUUAACGUUCUGAAAUGCGCAGUGUCGACAGGUAAAGUCGAGAUGACGUCAUCUGCGUCGGUGGAGGAGCUCUCGGAGAGCAUGUCCAAAUCGGGUUGCACGAGCGGCCAACGAAGCAUCGAUAUAAUCAACAGCCCGUUCGAGCAGCAGCAGCAGCAAAAGAACGGCUGGGCCGGUUUCGCGGAGAAACAAUAUCCGAUCUGCCGGACUACGGGGAUACAAGCGAGUGCAGAAAUGGAGGACAAUGCGGUGCAAACCUCUCUGAUCUUUACCGUGCCUAGAGAGAAGCAUGUACCCUUCUUGCAAGAAACGACGGUGAACAAAAAGCCCGUCUACAUCGUUUAUCCCAAUUACACGCUGCCCGAUUUGUCGUUUCUCAAGGCGAAGGACACGCGGGUCGAUAACAUCGCGCUGAAGCCACACGUGUUUGACAAAAAUAAGACCGAGUGGAAGCGCACGGCCCGCUCCAGCAGGCCGUUCUCGUGCAACGACAUCGACGCGUUACGGCAACGCGGUUUCGCGCACAUAAAGGAUUGGGAGUCGUUGACGUUCCUCCUACCGAACGAGUACAAGAAGGUGCUGCAUGACGUACCGGAAGUAUCCAAGUAUAUCAACGUCAACGAGGAAGUUAAACGACCCCUGUUCUGCUUGUCUCCUCCGAUGCGUCACAAGACUCGACCCAUCAGCGAGAUCGUGCCAAACAACACCUCGUCCACGAGCAGCACCGCAACGCAACCGUCUUCCGGUUACCGAGGCUCGUCGACGAUACUAACCGACUCCUCGACAAACCAGCAGCCGUUAUCGAGCAACACGAUCAAUCCGUUGUACCUGUAUCGUUAUGACAGCAUCAGCUCGGAGGCCAGUUUGAACAACGACAAGAAGAUGCACAGGCUGAUCAGUCAGAGGCAGGCCUGUCCGUCUCUCCCGAAGCGAUCUGUAUCUUUGCCGCAGGGCGACGUCGAGCCUGAUUUCAACAACUGUCGAGUGCCGCCGCGACCACCCUUACCUAGGAGUAUCUUGCGAAAGAACAAAGCCCUCGCGAACAAACGGUACAGCAUGUUCGAGAUGGGGGACGUGGGCGAGCAAUCGGAGGAACAGUCGACAGAGAUAAAUAAGAGGAUGUCGUUGCAAGAGCCGUACUACAUUAACAACGAUCUGCAGUUGUUGUGUCGCGGGCGGACGAUCGAUUCGGAGAAGGACGUCGACGAGACCGAAACGGACAGGUAUCUCAAAGAGAAAUUAAACGAGAUCACGAGCAACGUGGAGUCGGAAUGUUCUCAGAACAGCGAUGACGAUAUCAGGCAGCUGGAGGAGUAUCUGAAACGCAGCGCGAUUUCGUCGCAGAGCAGCGACGGGGACAUGGACAACGCCGAAGUCAAAGUGAGAUCGUACGUGAGGAAGUUUUUAGCUCUGAGGAUGAACAAGGAAACGCUGGCUCGAAACGUCGAUAUGGGAGAGUCGCAAAGGAAAACCGUCAGCUUCGCUGUGCACCAAAGAAAGAAACAUUUAGACGCUAAGCCAAAUAAUCUCAACGUCGUUGUGAAUGAACAAAGCCAGGAUCAAGUGGCUGAGGAUAGAAUAAUGGAGCUAGAAGAGAAGAAAAAAAUGGUGUUGUCUGUAAAUAGAGCGGUGGACCUCCUAUUAAAGUAUUGGAACGCCGAUGUCAAUCACAGUCGUCCCAACUACAAUGAGAAAAACGAGUGCGCACAAAUCUGCCUGAGCACUUUGUGCCCGGCUUUAUACGCUAUAAUGUCCGAUGGCUUGAAAUCUCAUCUAAAUUCCUCUUUCGGGCCAAUUACCAAUAGCGUCUGGCAAGUCGUUGAAGCCAGUUCUCAACAGGGACCUCUCACAAAGACGUUGAAUGAAUUAGUGCAGAGGAUCAAUGGCGAAGACGUUAUUACCGAAGGAAUGCUAAAGUUCCAUGCAUUCGUAUUUGGCUUGUUGAAUUUAAGAGCUUUAGACGCGUGGUUUGCAUACUUAUGUACGCGCGAGUCAAUUCUGCGGAAGCACUACAACAACAACAGUUUAUUCGUGGCAGCCUUAGCUAAUGCCAAUGUCAGGGAAAUUGUCGAUUCGUUACUGUACAUCUUGAAUCCACUUGCAUUCUGUCCAUUCCAUCUGGAUCUUCUGUAUCAGUAUCGUCAAUUGCAGAAUAGCUUUGGGAAUAUCAAUAAUCACACUGUAAACGUCGUGAGUCUUAGGAACAACGUAAUUAUGAAGGACCUCGAGGUCGAGAAACCGGAAACCUGCGGAGCGACGCCCAGCCCGAAAAAGGCACGGCCGAGAUCUUGCGUCGCUUACAACGUGGACGACAAGUGCGGCGUCGCGCACAAGAGCGAUCUGCAAAAUGCGAAGAAGCGUUUCAGUACCAUAAACGCGAAGGCGUUUUACGCGUUAGACAAAUUGUUGUCGGAGGACUCUGAGGAUUACACGGACAGUCUGGAGCAUUCCCCCCUGAAUAAGAGGGCGAGCAAGCAAACGCAGCAUAUGAAGCUUCAGAAUCCUGAUGGUAGAUCGAACGACGACGACGGUCUGCCUAGUGAAACGAAAUUCAGGAAGCUGCAAGAGAAAUGGGAAUUGAUUAUCGGCAAGGAAGGCGGCAAGACUCAGCCUGCUGCGACGACGCCCCCGUCACCGGUUCGGACAUUCGGCGCGUCCGGGAAGUCGAAGAUACCGAGGUUGCUCACGUCGCCAGUAAAGCAGUCCAACGUCGCGGCGAACGUCGUCGGAAAACCGAUGAAAUCACCCGUAUCGGGAAUUCCGUCGUUGAAGAAACCAGCUACGCUCCCCGCGACUAAGGCAACGUCGAAAAAGCCCGCGGACGUCAAGGCGAAGGACGCGACGCGUCGCACCAGCCGCGUCGAUCAAGACACUCUAGGCGUGACGCGAGUUCACACGACACGUCCGAGUUCCUUACCUUACAAAUCGCACGGGGUCACGUCGAACGAUAAGAAUGUGAUCUCGCCUCACAGACGAGCCGCUUCCACGUCCCUACCGCGUCCAAACGUUUCCACCGUUUCGAGGCCUCCGGUCUCGAAGCCGCCACAUAAAGAAGUUCGUACCCUCACUCACAGGAUACCGUCGGAUACCGGUCACCUCUCGUUCGUCGAGGGUGAAAGACUGAAAGUAAUACUAGAAGUGGAUAAUAAGUGGUUGUUGUGCGCGAAAGGCGAUCGGCGGGGUUUGGUACCACGGGCGUGCGUGCAUAGCGUUCAAACUUAGCCCCUCUUCACGACGACGCGUCACGAUCGCAACAACUACAAUAUCAUCCGGCCGCAACCUCGGGCACGAAGCGGAGCGAGGACGAGCGAGUUGCGGGGAGGAUAAGCUGAAAAGUUCAAAUUACCUAAUCGCGGGACGGUGUGACGGUGAUGUACAGUGUAUUAAAAUUGUUUUUAAGUACCGUGCGGUAUACAAUAUAUAUAUAUACGCAUUAUCACGCGCUUGUAAAGUUAAUUUUAAUCGAGAUUUAUAAUCGCGAGAUUAUAUUUCGUUUCUAUCGGAACGCGACAGUAGUAUUAUCGCUAGUGACGCCAUCGAGGACAUAAAAUAUCACCUAGUCAUAGGCUUUCGAACGACAUUAUAUUUAAUUAGAUUUGUUUAUUUCGUAUGUUGUACGAUUACGAGGAUAACGCAACAUAUCCUCGACGAGUAAGAACCCCGACAAAUGGGUGUGUAAUAAUGAGACACCUACACAACAUAUUAUGGAUGUAACUGUGAUCCUAGCAAAUAGGCGAUUAAGUUCAGUAUCAGUAUAAGAAUACGCGCGGUGUACACUUUGUUCUAAUAUUUAUAUGUUGUAAUUUUCUAAUUUAUUUAUGUCCAUUUACUUGUGUGACACGACAUCGAUAAUUUUUUUAUUUUAAUUUUAUUCUCGGCGUACGAGCCAUCACGGCAUGCAUCCCUGCUGGUGGCGAUCACAUUUUUUAUAUGCUUCGUGUAUUUCCUGGUAUAUAUAUAUACAUAUAUAAAUAUAUAUAUAUAUAUGUUAAGAUAUAUGAUAUAAUCAAAUAAAGUCUGUUGUGAAUUAUAUCUAUCAAUUAUAUCUAUUAUGCCGUGGCUUUGCGCACUAGAGAGAUAAGCGCGGUGAGAGAGUAAGAAAGAAUAAUUUUUGAGAAAUCUACAUACAGGUGAGUUGAGUAAUCAUGCAUAUAAAUUCUUACCGACGAAAACAUUAUGAGCAUAGCUGUAACAUAUCGAGAACAAAAUAAAUUUAUGGACAAAGUAUCUCCGAGGUGAAUUUUCGUUUUUUUUGUCAAAGAAAGUUUCUUCGCUGCGAACAAAUCGAUAUUAUGUAAUAAAUUUGCUGCGAAAAAAAAUAUUUACACAA